ACGCAUCGAAUUUAUUCGAGAAGACACACCCUGCUUUUUCUUUGUAAUAUCAGAGAAAUUUUCCAUUUAUCGAAAAAUGACUGACAAAGUCGUAUCUGCUGUUCCCGUGGUUGCCACCCCGAAGAAAGUUGCUGUUCCUAAGAUGGCGAAGCCCAAAACAAAACCAAGUCAUCCAUCAACUGCUGACAUGGUGAAUGCUGCCAUCAAGGAACUUAAGGAAAGGAACGGUUCAUCUCUUCAGGCCAUCAAGAAGUACAUUGCAGUCACUUAUAAAGUUGAUACUGACAAGUUGGCUCCUUUCAUUAGAAAGUACUUGAAGAGUGCCGUCGCCAGUGGUAAAUUGGUUCAACGUAAGGGAAAAGGUGCUUCAGGAUCUUUCAAGCUAGCAGUUAAAGAUAGCAAACCAAAAGCUGUCAAGUCUGCUGCAUCGAAGGUUGCAAAGAAAUCAGCAUCCCUAAAAAAGGCUGCUCCUAAGGCGAAGAAGACUGUUGGUGAAAAGAAGAAAUCCCCGAAGGUUGCUGCUAAACCACCAAAGGCGAAAUCCACCACCGCCAAGCCUAAAGUCACCAAGGCUUCGCCCAAGAAAGUAGCAAAGGCUGCUUCCCUGUCGAAAAAGGUUACUGCUUCUAAAUCAAAAAAGCCAGUAGUAUCGAAGAAAGUUGCGAAGAAGUAAAGGGGAGAUGAAAUGUUUGUUUAAACAUUUUUAACUGGUUCA